AUGGAUAGAAAAACUGGAUGUGUAUAUAAAAUUAAGGAAAGUAUGAGAGGUAAAAAUAUAUGUAAUACGCAUGAUGAGGACACAUGUGAAAUAAAAAAAAAAGGAUGUGUAUUACGUCAUUUAAAUGAUCAAGGAGAUGAUUUAAUUAAUAACUCUGUUGAUGUGGAAUAUGUGAAUAAAAUUCACAGUUACAACAAAAACAGAAUAAUGCACUGUUUCGAAAAUAUAAAAGAAAACUACAAUUUAGAACCACCAGUAUGUAGCUAUUCUAAUGCAAGAGUCAAUGAUAAAGAAGAAAAUUCUCUGAAUAACAAAAUUUCCAGUAAUGAAUCAAUUUCCAUGAGCAAUGUGAAAGAAGAACAGAUUCUCAUUUUAAGUAAUGUGCAUGAAACUGCAUAUCACAAGCAAAGAGAUGAAUCUCUCUCAAAUGACUCUGCCGAAAUAAACAAUUUGCUUUUUGCAAAAAAUGAAGUAGUAAACGUAGUUAAUAGUUUUUCGAAAGAGAAAUCAAUCGAAGACAGAAUCAAACAAGGGCAUGAGUGCAUUUAUGGAGAUGUUGCUUGUGGUGCAUAUUCUGCCCAUGUAAACGAUUUUGCUGAAACUGCGCACAGUGGUGGAGAUGAAAACAUUAGUGAACAUGAUGACUACGGCGACUUUGCUGCAAUUUCCUCUUUUGCCUCCUUUGGUGAUUCUUCUUAUCCUGCUUGUGCAGAUGUCGCGGGUAAUAUCACAAGUGUUGCUCAAUCCGCUUGCCCCUAUGAGAGUGACCAAUGGAAAGAUCAGAGUGAUGUGAUUCAGUCGGAACCAAACGUUAAGGAGGAAGAGAGUGAAGGAGAUAAUGAAAUAAAAAAAAUAUUAGACGUACUACAGAAUUUAAAAAAUUACAAAUUUCAAGAUACAAACAAUUUCGAUAAUGACAUAUACUAUGAGCACUUUGAUGAUGAUGUCGAAAAUGAAGAAGCAAAUAAAAAUAAAAUAGGAACCUAUUUUCAAGAAAAAAAUACUCCCUUUUUAGAAAACAAGUACCUUUUUAAAGGGCCAAAUGCUAAAACGGUUGACACUACUGCUGGUAGUGAAAAAAAUGAAGAGGAGGAAUAUUUAGAUUUGCAAAAAUUAAAAGAAAAGUACAAGAAGUACAACUUUUCACUAAGUGAAAAUGAUGAAGAGGAGGAAGCCGAAAAUAUGAAGCAGUCAAACCUGGAAAUGUGCUACAGGCGCUUAAUGGAAGACAUCUGUUGUAAUAAUAAUGAAAUGGAAAAAAUUGAUAAAUCAAAUGAGAGUCAAAGGGAGAAAGAGGAAAAGAACGAGGCAACAGAUGAGAAUUAUCCUGUCGACGCACACAUUUUCCACACUAACAAUAAUGAAGACUUACAUAAUUCAUUGAAUACUUUUAACCGUGUCAAAAAAAAAAAGAGAAAAAAGAAAAGUGAAAAAAGAGGGGGAGAAAAAGUAAAUGAAGUAAAAGAAGUAAAAGCGGGAGAGUAUCCGGAGCAUUGUACUGAUGAAUUUACAGGACUAGACAUCCUCGAGAGCAACUCUUAUCGCAUCUCAAGUAAUUCUUUUAGAAGACACGAUUCAGAACAAGUGGAUUGUCAUGAAACGGAUAGCAGGGAUGGACGUAAGAACAAUGACAGGAAUGUUUCAAACAACUCUGAAUAUCUCAAGGGACUGAACCAUAAUGGUAUUCCCAGAAAUGGGAAAUAUGAUUACAGUGACAGUUCAGAAACGAACAUGAACAUGGAUGUGAAAUACAAACCCGGAGAUUUGCAGAAAUCGGGAAAAUGUGAACCAAAUGAGAAAAAGGACAAAACGGAAUUUAACCAAAAUGAAAAAAAAAAGGAACAGGAUGAAGCUACACAAAAUGAAGUUAUACACGAUGGUGCUUCAAUCGAUGGUGCUUCAAACGAUGGUGCUUCAAACGAUGGUGGUGCAAUCAAUGGUGCUUCAAACGAGGAAUAUAACAACACCACGGAUUCGCCUAUCCCUGCAAAGAAAGACCAAGUUAAAUUUGAGGAGAAGAUACGAAAAAGAAAAUUGCUGAAGGAAAAUAUGAAAAGCCUAAAAAAUAAGGAAAAGAAUAAACUCAACGAGGGAGAGAAUUCUAAUGUAAAUGAAAAUGAAGGGGGGAAUGCAGCACCGAAUAUGAACACUAUAAAUCUAAAUUUGAACAUUCCUGUAGACAUGACAAAAUCUGUGCCGACGACUCCAUAUAAUGAACUUUCUGAAAAAAUAAGAAACAUAAUGAAUUCGAAUGAUAAUGAUCAGGAAGAUAAGAAUAAUUUAGAAUUUGAUCACUAUUUAAGUAAGUUACACAACUUGAAAAGCUUGCUUCGCCAAGAGAUUAGUCAAAGUGAUGAAGAUGACAAAAAAUGUAAUCGACCCAGUGAGGAACAUACUGGUGAUGACAACGAUGAGGAUGACACAGCUCAACCACAAAAAGAAGAAAAGAUAGAUAUAGGUAAUACUGAAUGUAGACAAAAAUAUUAUUGCGAAGAAAUAGAAAAAGAAGGGGGGAAAAGGAAUACCAUGCUCAGAAUUAGAAGCUUUGAAUUGAGAGAUGUGGACAGAACGAAAAAAAAAAAAAAAAAAAAAAAGACAAUAAAAAGAAGCAGCAGUAGCGGGAGGAGAAGAAGAAGAAGAAGAAGCAAAAAGGAUGAUAAAGGGACAGCACAGAAAAUAAGUGUCGAGGAAACAGAUCGGACAAGCAGCAAGGAGGAAGAAGAGACAAGCGGUGGGGAGGACAAAGAAAUAAUCCAUGGGGAAGCUGACCAAGAUGAUUCCAGUGUCGAAAUGGGGAAAAAGAGAAAGGGAGAAGGAAAAAAAAACAACAAUGGAAAUACAGACAAUUCGGAGGAUGAAGAAAAAACCAUUGACACAGAUCGCUCUCGUGCUUCAUCCCACGGAUCCAGAGAAAUAAAGGGCCACAUACCGAAGAUUUACAGUAAGAUAAAUAAAAAGUUUGCACAAACAGAGGUGCAAACAAAAUCAAAAUUAAAAGCACAAGAGCAUGGGAAGGGGCAAGAGAAGGAGCUAGAGCAAGCAGAGUUGCGUGCAGAAUCGGAGACACAGGAGCGGACGUCUGCCGAGGUGCAGUCGCUACAAAUUGAAUUGAUUGCAGAAAAGAAUAAACUGCUGAAAAGGGGAAUGAAAAAUCUUCAAAGGGAAAUGGUUAGGUAUAAAAAGAUGGAAAAGAUGUUUUAUAAAAAUAAGGAGAAAUAUAAAAAAAAACUAACGCUGGUUAAUGAAUACGAAAAGAAAAUCGAUUACAUGAUUGUAGACUUUAAGAAAUUAAAAGAAACCUGCACAAUCAAGGAGAAAAAACUUGCAAAAUUUGAAGAAAUAACAAAGUACAUGAACGAUCAAUUUUCUGUGAGCAAAAUUCAAUUUGAAAAUAAAAUGAAUGAAUAUGUGCUGUUUUUAAAAAAGAAAGAUUCCGAAAUUUAUAUGCUUAAAGAGUUAAUAAAAGAAAAGGAAAAUAUUAUUUCAUUCAAUGAAAAUAUUCUGAAGCAAUAUAAAAAUGAUAUUGAUGACAUGUUAAGGCAAAAUAUUGAACGCGUAGAACAUGUAAAGGGAAAAUUGAAAGCACAGCAAGACAUGAUUACUGGAAAAGACGAGAAAAUUAAAAUGCUUGAGCAAAAUAUACAUAAUUAUUCUGAUCAAAUAAACAAAAUGGACAAUGAAAUAAAAAAAUUACUAUAUCAAAUAGAUUUAGACAAUGAAAAGGGAAAAGAAUUAAAAAUAAAUUAUGACAAGGAAAAAGAAAAAAAUGUCCAAUUAUCGAAUCAAAUUGACCAAAUCAGUAGAGAAAACAAAGAUUUACAUUACAAAAUUGAAAAUUUAUUACAAAAUGAAAAAAAUAUUAUGAACAGUAAUGUAGAAUUAGUGGAAAACCAGAAAGUCUUAUGCAUGGAGAAUGAAAAAAUGAAAAAUGAAAGGAACUUACUCAUAAAUGAAAAGACACAAAUAGAAGAAAAGUACAACACAAUCAGUGCUGAACACAAUAAAAUAAAUGAACAAGUUGUUGUUCUGAAAAAAGGAAAUGAUAAGCAAGAAAUCGAGCUAGCCAAAUUAAGAGAAGAGCUAGCCAUUUUUGAAAAAAAAAACGCAAAAUUAAAGGAAGAAAAAGAACAAGUCGAAAAAUUAAGCCUUAAACAAACAGGAGAAACAGACAGCAUAAAAAAUUCCCUGGAAGAAACUAAGAAAAAAAUGUUGAAUUACAUGAAUGAAAGAAAUGAAUUAAAAGAAAUAGUUGAUGAUUUAAAAAAAAAAAAUGAUGCACUUACUUCAAAAAAUGAACAAGAAGGUAACAUAUGGAAAGAAGAAAUCGAAGAUUUAAAAGCAAAAUUAGAAGAAAGUAAUAAAUUAUAUUGUAAGGAAAAGGAAGUUAUAGAAAAUUUAAGUAAAGGAAAAAAUAAGUUUAUUAAAGAAUGUGAAAAGUUAAAAAAUAAAAAUAAAAAAAUUACAUCCAAAUUGAAAGAAAAUGAAAUGAAAAUGAAAGAAAGUUUGAAUCAAAUUAUGAAAGAAAAAAAGGAAUAUCUAGAAAAAGAAAAAAACAAUUUUUCACAAAAAGUACAAUCAUUAGAACAGGCGUUUCAAAUUUCGUAUAACGAAAUACAUGAACAAAACAACUCACUAAAAGUUGAAUUAGAUGAAGUAAAAAUAAUUAAUGAAGAUUUAAAAAAAAAUUCCCAAAAUCUACUAAACGUCAAUGAAGUUUUAACAAAAGAAAUGAAAGCAUACAAUGAAGAAAAAGAAAAAUUCAUCAAAGGAUUAAAAAAUAUCAAACAAGCCUAUCUCAAAAUAAAAAGUGAAAAUGAACAGCUAAAGAAAAAUGCCUUUGAAUUCAUUAAAGAGGAAGUUGAACAAAAUUACGUUUCUCUCUCUGUCCACAAUAACCUUAUGAAUGAGCAGAAGAAUUUGCUUCUAGAGAAAGACAUGCUAAGGUCUCAACUCAAGGAAAAUGAAACUCUCAUUAUGAACCUAAAUAAGGAUAAAUCGGAAAUUAGCGAAAAUUUGAUUAAAAUUUCUAAGGAGAAUGAGGAACUCAACACGAACAUACGAGUCAAGAAUAAAAUCACGGAAGAUGUAACAGCCAAUGUUGAGAAAUUAAAGGUAGAUCUAAACAGUAAAGACGAAGAAGUGAAAAGAAAAACACUGGAGCUUAAAAAAAUGGAACGUGAUUAUAAAAAAUUGCUAGAAGAUUACAAAAUAGAAAAAAAGAACCUAAUUUCCAAGUAUGAAAACGAGCUGGAUACCUACAUGAGCAAGUGUGAAUUUGCACAUGUCAAGUAUAAAACGUGUGAAGAAGAGAUAAAAGAACUAAAAAAUAAAUUGAAGAUGAAGGAUGAUGUUAUAGAAUAUACGCAUAAAGAAAUCGAAAAUAUUAAGGAGUCAUUCUGCAACGAAUAUGAAUGUAAAAUUAAGAAUGUAGUUGAAGAGAAGGAUAAAGAGAUGUAUGCUAUACAGAAAAAGUAUAGGGAGUUACAGGACGACAACAACAUGAGGAAAAACGAAAUCAUAAAAUUAAAUAAAAUGUUUGAAGACGCAAACAAGAAAAUAAAGAAAAGGGAUAUGGAAAUGUACAUACUGUUAGAGGAAAACAAAAAGCAGAAAGAAAAGGCUGCCAAAAAAAUGACCAAGGUUAAUGAAUUGUUAAAUAAUCUACAAAAGGAGUACACGAAUAAUAUUCCAUAA